AUGCACGCAAUUAAUUUAUUAACACUACUAGUUACAUUUUUGACUUACACAUCAAUUAUUUCUUCUUACAACAUUGUUGUGAAAAAUGCAAUUGUUGCUCGAAAUCGCGAUUUUUCAUAUUUUGGAUACACUGUUUUGCUUCGAAAGCCUUGGAUGAUUGUCGGAGCGCCAAAAGCUAAUUUUACUUCAAUACCAAGAGGUUUGCAAGCUCCCAGAGAACCAGGUGCCUCUUAUAGGUGCAAUUUAAAGAGUAUAAAAUGUGAGCAAUUUAGACCAAGUGACGUUAAUGAUGAAUCAGGAUUUAUAACUCAAGUUAAUUACAAUAGUUUAGUUAAAAAAGCGUACGGUUGGUUUGGCGCCUCAAUGGCGUUAGAUGAAAAUGAUGAUCUUAUAACAGUUUGCGCACCAAGGACAAUUUUAUCAAUUUUUUCAAUUCUUGACAAACAUAUUAGCAUGCAUGGCGUUUGUUACAGUGGAAAAAUAUCUUCAGGAAAUUUACAACUUGAAGAUAACUUUAAAUCUCAUGAUUUUUUAUCUAGUUUCUGGUACAAUUCUUUGCAUGGAUUUUCUAUCCACUAUUCAAAGGCGAUCAACAACAAAGAAAAAGUGAGAAUGAUUACUGGGGCGCCAAAGCAUGAAGUCAUCGGCACGGUCCAAAUCAAAGGUCAAAAAACAAGCGCAACGCUUCCGACAACUGAUGACUUGACUCAAUUUGGUUAUUCUGUUACUUCAGGAAGAUUUUUUAACAAGAGCAAAGUUCUUUUUGCCGCCGGCGCUCCGGGAUGGAAUCUAAUUGGCCAAGUGGGAAUCUUGGACUCGGGAGUGGAUUCAUUAAAAUUAAUAAUGAGUAUAAAAGGACAAAUAGUCGGUGAAUACUUUGGAGGAAGUUUAGCGGUUGGAGAUGUCAAUAAUGAUGGGUUUUUAGAACCACCGAUUAUUAUUGAUGGACCGAAAGAAGACAGCUGCUUUGGAUAUUCUGUAACUAGUGGGGAUAUUGAUUCAGAUGGAUAC